AACACUGCGGCUGAUGUCCGGACUUGUAACUACAUUUCAGAGCAGCUCGGCUUUUGUUCACGAGUUACUUAAAGCCCAGGAAAGACGAAGGAACCGUAUUCAUGCACUUACACCGAGGAAAAUGAUCAUCUGUGCGCAAAAAAUGGAUUAUCGCUUUGGAUUUGUCCGGAGUCAGGUACAUCUGCUGUGUUAUAAAGUAAUGAAGGUGAGCUCUGAGAAGGACAGUUCCUCUCCGUUGUGCAUGAAGGCUCUGGCCAGCAGGGGGCGCCUGGACACAGUAUCACAGCAAAUGGCCUCCCAUCCACAGUAUUUAGAGAGCUUCUUGCGCACACAGCAUUACAUCCUUAACAUGGACGGCCCUCUGCCCCUUCACUACCGCCACUACAUAGCAGUCAUGGCUGCGGCACGACAUCACUGCAGCUACCUUGUGUCUCUUCACUCGGCUGUGUUCCUGAGGGUGCGGGGAGACCCGGUGUGGCUACAAGGGCUGGAGUUUGCACCACCUCGCCUCCAGCAGCUCGACCACAUAAACAAAGUGCUCGCUCACCAGCCCUGGCUCACUGCUCGCUCCCACAUUGAGGCUUUGCUGAAGUCAGGUGAGCAGUGCUGGUCUCUGGCUGAGCUGGUCCAGGCUGUAGUUCUGCUGGCUCACUGCCAUGCACUCUGCAGCUUCGUGUUUGGCUCUGAACAGGACACACAACCCGGCCCGAGAGCGCCACAUGGAACGCCCCCAGGCUACUGCCUCUGUGAUGCUGCCAAUGGCAACGCCACCUUCCCACCUCGCAGGAGGUCUCUAGACUCGAGCUGUGACCUGGCGUGCCUACGAGAAGGAAUCCAUAAGUCACAGGAGGAGAAAGAAAGAAAAGGACAAGCAGGCCUACACUCGUACACCCUCCUGCAUAUAGACAUGGACGAGGAGGAAGAAGAAGAGAUGAUGUGUUCGACAGACCCCUCCCGCUUCGUUAAAGACCCUGAUUUCGGCUACCAGGAAUUCGCCCAGCAGAAGGAAGACCAUUUCCAAGUAUUGCGGGUGCAGGACUACUCGUGGGAGGAUCACGGUUUCUCGUUAGUAAACCGCCUCUACUCAGACAUCGGGCAUUUGUUAGACGAGCGGUUCCGCAGCGUGGCCUCAUUACCGUCCCCUCGCAAUCCGGACCUCAAGAGAGCCAUCUGGAACUAUAUCCAUUGCAGCUACGGAAUUAGGUAUGACGAUUAUGAUUACGGAGAAGUGAACCAGCUGCUGGAACGUGGACUGAAGCUUUAUAUUAAGGCUGUGGCCUGCUAUCCUGACUCCACUAAAAACCUUCUGUGCCCUUUGCCUUUAGUUUCUCUCAAAGCCUCAGAAAAGGUACACAUCAACCUGCUGGUGAUGGAGGCACGGCUGCAGGCUGAGCUGCUCUACGCACUCCGAGCAAUCACUCAGUACAUGAUCGCCUAGGACAGCAAGGCACAUACAGAGAGAGAGAGAGAGAGAGAGAAGGAGAAAGAGUUGCACAGUCACUUAUGGUACAAAAAAUAAGACUCUACUCGGGGCAAUGGGGAAAGGAAAUCUGUGAUUUAAAACAAAAGACGGAGAGGACUUGUGAAGAGCAAUAUUUCCUCUUCUCCAUCUCUUGUGGGGUUUUUGUUGUUGAUGUUGUUGUUGUUUUGUUCUAAAGUUGCUUAAGUGUGACUUAAGGUACUGCUGUGAAGCGUUUUCAAGGUGACACUUGAAGGCAAUAACAAUCUUUCUUUCUCUCUGUCUCAACCUUUUUUUUGCAUGUUGUUCCCUUCAUUACUUUCUCUGUGUGCGUGCGCGUGUGUGUUUGUGUGUGUGUGUGUGUGUUUUCUACUCUCAGUUUGAAUAUAUUUUUCCACUAGAUUUUUCAUGUGCAAUUAUCUUUAUUCUCUUCUUUGUAUUGUUGAGGAUUUGUUGUUUUGCCUGUUGCUCCUUUGUUGACUGACAGGUUAUAAAAGGUGAAGAGCGUGUCACUUUCAGUCCUAGAGUAUUGAAGGGUGCAAAAAAAAAAAAAGACGAAAGCAGAGGACUCGACCUCUCCGUAAUCGAGGGAAGGCAGUGUUUACUGAAGCUGAGACGAACAGACGAAUGUUGACGAAGCUCAGCAUGUUUUCUGAAUCUUUCAUCUAAAUUUAAGCUCAGAACAACAAGACAGCAGCCAGCUUAGGAAAAAAAAUUGUUACAUUGCUAUAACUUUGUUUUAAUGGCACUUUUUAAGGUUUAGAUUUAAAAAAAAAAAACAUUUAGGGUACAAAAUUUUGACUGGUUUAUAAAAAUACAGGUUGUGCUUCGGUUGACUCUGUGUCAAUGUGAAGGAUCCAGAGAACACACACAUUAGUGAAUUUCUGAAUCUGGCAGCACUUUCAACCAAAUGUUUCUUUUUUUUUUUUUUUUUAGGAAUUUUACCGCAUUAGUUAGCUUAUGAUGUAGCCUACACCCCACAAAAGAAACGGCAACAUUUAGGGAAAAAAGCUUAUGUUAAAUUCAUGGUUUUAAUGUCGGUUUGUUCUAGUCAAAUGAAGGACUUUUUUUCCCCCUGAUUUAUUCUGCAAAACAUUUCAGUGAUAAUUUGCCAUCUGUGAUACUUUAUAUAAUACGAAGAAGGUCAGAGGUCAGGCCUGCUGUGAUGCUUCCUGUAACUGACCUGCACAACUCAUUUCCUUGCACUGGACUAUUUUGCACAGAACUGCAUAAGUGACCUGCAUUGCCUCUGAGCAGCAGUAACAGUUAUUGGAACAAAAAUACCCGGUGAGGCCUCCGUUCACUGGUACCACGUUGAUGCCAUACUUACUGCAAAUGUUUUGGUUGUGGAAAAGGCCAAGCGUUAUUUAGAUAAAGCCAUGAUAGUAUUGAAUUGGUGCAGAAGUGUUGCUCAUGUAGGGUACAGGUGGCAAAGAAACAUGGGUACCAAUGGGUUGUUUUUUUUUUUAUUUAUUUAUUUUUAAACAUGUUGCAUUACUGUGUCACUACGGCUAUGUUCAGACAGGGUGGAGUCUUUUUUUUUUUUUUUUUUUCUUCCCGCUCUCCAUUUCUGUUUGGUCUUUUACAUUCUGACAGGAUAUUAAUUGGAACUACCUUGUUCCUGCAUUACAUCCUCAUGUAAAGAGAAAUAACUAAACAUAAGCACCUGUUUAAACAUAGCCAGUGAUGAUGAUGAUGAUGAUGAUGAUGAUUGUUGAUAGUUUGGAAGGGAAGAGAAGGUGGGACACGUUGGUCCACGUCAGUGCUGAAUCUCAUCAGCCUUUUAUCAAUACAGCACUGUGGGACUUUUGGGAAAUGCCUAGUCACAUAUCGGAGAAAGUAAACACAAAGGAUUUAUUUCUAAUGCUGAACUUCUAGACUGACGAGUCAGAUUUAAAAACUUCGUACAGUAGAGAGUCUCCAUUUAUUGAUUGUUCAGCAAAGCGAUGGAGAUUAUCAAGCGCAGUGCCUUUAGCUUUAAAUCAGUAAGGCGGACGUGGAGUUGCUGCGACGCUGGAGGACAAUUGAAGCUUGUGGAUUCAGCCUCGUUUUGGUUGCACGAGCCAAGCUGGUGUCUUCACACUGCUUCUUCCUGCUCCUUCUCAAGCAGUCAAACAGAACAGGGACAGUAGUUUACUUCUCAAUACUGCGCAGUCCUCAGCACUCACAAGGAGUUCCACAUUUUUUAUGGAGCUUAACGUGCUGUCAUUUGCCUGCUACCAGCAUGUCCGGAUCGGUUUCUCCCUUACUGCCGCAUUCUGUGUGACAUCAAAUCGCAGCAGUGAAUUUUUCUCCCAUUCGGCUUUCCUUCUGAUCCCCUGGUGGAGACUGAAACACAAGUUGUUUAAUAUUUACCACGUAAAUGUAGAGAUGUUUAAAAAAAGAACACAAAAAAAAUGUCAAAACAAGGAAAAUUAAGCAAAAAAACAAACUUUUUUCCCCUGAAAUAAGAACUUAUUUUUUCUAUAAAGAUAUGCUAUUCCACUUG